GUGGUUUUAUAGUGCAAUGUUGUAUAUCUGAGUGAACUGUUCACUGCACAGAUACUGUAUGUAUAUUUUUGUAUAGACUGAUUCAGAAAUUGGAUCAUUGAUGAUGCAUCAUUUAAUGUGGCCAAUGUGCCUUUUUUCUUAUUAUUUUUUAUAUCGCUGUGCUGCAUUGGUACAGAUGUUUAAAAUCGACUGUGCUAAAUGUUCUUGAUUCCAGUUAAUGCUGCUAAACUGCUUCUCUUUUGUCAAUCAAGACUAUUGUGCCGACUCCGUAAGAGUGGACUGUUCCAAAGGGUGUUCAGGGCGGCUUCUGAAGACAGUCGGUCAUUUUAUUCUCAUGUGAUUAUGUAGUCAAAUCAAUCAAAUAUGAGUUUUAGAAGUCAGGCUGCAGAACUAGCAAACAUAACUUUUCAAGGGUGUCAAAGUGAAGUUAAUUACUUGCACAUUAAAUUCUAUUUUUCUUUUAAUACUAAGAUUUUGCUUGUUUGAUCUUUAUGUAUCUCAAGAUGGUUAUUGGGGAAUAUUAACAUACUGUAUAUUUAACAUUCGGUGCCUCACAGGUGCGCCACUGCACUGAAUUGUCUGGGUAAGCUAUCGCUACAGGUAACAUUGUUUAGCGUAGCCUACGGUGUCACUUCUCUCUCAGUUUUGUAGCAUUUCCAAGCAACAGCAGACAUUUUACUAUAAGCAAAUGAAGCCAAAAAGGAGCAACACAGUAUCACAGGGCUGGACUGAGGACUGAGUACAUCUCACACACGGAGAUCUGUAUCUAUACAUCUCAAAGACUGGAAACAGGAUAGAACAAUUCUUCCUUUUAAAUUAAAACUUUUAACGCCCAAGGACAUAACCGUCGAGGCUGGUUUAUACUGUAUUCAAUCCAGGUGAAAUAUUUUGUCUGGUACACCCACAUCACACCCCCGCAUUAACAAUGGAGAGGGAAAUGCAGGUAUGUGACUCAACAAAGUUAUAUCAUGUGAUGAUAAAAGGUGCAGCUCAGGUGAUCCUUUGUACUCCCUAUUUGGACAUUGACUGUAAAUACAGCCGUCACCCUCUCCAGGCCCUGUCCCCUGGCUUUCUGUGGAACUUAAUUCAUCUUAAAUUUAAAUGCUGUUUUACAAAUUUUGAAAUAUUGGACACAUUUAUACCUGCCAUUAUUCUACACUUUUUCGUAACUUCAUUCCGCCUUCACAAUCCCAUUUAUCUGUUGUGGCCAGAGUUGUUCUAUCAAAUAAAUACUGCCAGAGCUUAAACCAGAACUGAAAUAGCUUGUAGUUAUUUUAAAAACGAGUUCCUCUUCUUAUAUUUCCUCACUUCAAUAGCGUUAUGGUUGUCCCAAGUAUUCUACUAAUCUAUUGCAGAAGAGCAGAAUUACAUUCGUCGCUUCUCCUUUUGAGUGCAGGACUUUUAAAAUAAAGUAUUGUUAACAUUAAGGUUGUACUGCUACGUUUACACAAGACUAUUUGAAUAAGUUUGAUUUGACCGCACAUAAAUACUAAUGCAAGGUAAAAGGUGUUUGAUGAUAUUAUAGACAUGUUCGGUUGUGCCCGGCUCAGUUUCAUCUUGACUGACAGUAAAGUAUCCAGCGGAGGAGAGUCGGGGUGGGGUGUUGAUGUGUUUUACAGGGAAACGAAACCCGUUAUUCUGCGCAGACGCAGUGGGUGCCGCCCAGUGGAAAAAGAGCGAGAUCGAGUGAAGUUACAGCAGACCCGCGUUAGACUUCAAGUCUGUAACAACCUGUGGAAAAACAAAAUCCAGAAGAGAAAACGGUCGACGGCUGAUUUCUGUCGGUAUCUAUCAAAGAUGGAAGGUGAUAAUGGGAGAAGCCAAAGUUGAUAAUGUGACGAAGUAAGGAGAAAGAAAAUCAUGGCUGAUGAACUGGAGCAGUCACCCAAGGAUUUGACUGAAUCUCAAGUAAGCGACUGGCUAAGAUUAAUUGGGGUGAAGAAGCAGUACAUAGAAAAGCUCUAUGAGGAAGAGGUAGAUGGACAAAUCCUUCUUGCACUGAAUGAGGACUUUUUGAAGACAAAGAUUGGCAUGAAAUCAGGGCCUGCUCUUUUGAUUAUUCAAAAGAGAGAUGAGCUCAUCAACUCCAAGAAAAAGUCUCAAGAGAAGAAAAAGACCACCAGUGGCAAAAAAAACGAGUUGGAACAGAAAAACAAUGAUCAAAAAUCUGUUCAAUGUCUUCCCACAACAAGUGAAAGUUCUCCUGCACAGAUUCCUGAGAAAGAUCAAGCUGUCGUAAAAGACAGACAAACAGCUCAGGUUACUUCAAAAGAAGACUGCAGACCACGGCCAUUUGAUCAAGAAGGGAUUGAUUUCUUGUAUGUAAAGCACAGAGUCCUGCAACCUGAAUCAGGUGCUUUUAAUCUGAUAUCUCCAUGCCAUGAAUUUAAGUCUCUAGCUCUAGCUGCUGCGUUGGAUCGCACAAGACUCCAAGCUAAGUUUGCCAAAGAGGUCCUUAAAUUUGCAACUGGCUGUAUGAAUAUCAGAUCAAAUGGCACAAUACACUUUGGUGUGAUGGACAGCAAGGAUGAUGCAGGAUAUGUGCAUGGUGAGAUAAUUGGUAUCCCUGUUCAAGAGAAAGACAUUUAUGUAGAUGCUUUGGACUACAUUGAAAGGAGUUUCUCUUCUGGCAGGGAGCAUGUACGCGGGUGUGUGCGGCCACCAAGGUUCAUUGAGGUUGUGGAUCUAGAAAGUACAGAAAAGAGCUAUGUGAUAGAGGUUGACAUUGUGCCUUCAAUAAGUAUUGUUAAGAACAAGGUGUAUAAAGUUCGUCUGCCAAACUUCAAAGAGUCAUCUAACCAAGUAGAAUUUGAGAAAGAAACGAUUCUGCGGAGGGUGGGUUCAAAGACGGAACCGGUGAUCGACAAAGACAUAAGUGAUUUUUACGAGCGUGUCAAAGAUCGCGAUGCCCAAAGAGAAGAAGCAGAGAAAAAUCAGUUCCUCAGUGCCCCAGACUUCUGCCAAGACCUUGGAAGGAAACUGAAAAUGCUAAUGACUUGUGGGAAGAAAUUUAUCGAAAAGGAGAAAUGGUUCAUACUCAUCACAAACAAAUUCAACCCUGAUGACCUUUGCAACAUUGAAUGGCUGCUUAACAUGACCGUGUUCUGUGUGUUUGACUUUGACCCAGACUCAAAGAUAUCAGGUCUUUGCAGUAAGUACCUUAAGCAUCACGCUGCAAAUAUGCAUUCUCUGCAGAGCUAUAAGAAAUCUGAUGACAUGAGCAUCAAAGAAUUCACAAGCCACUUGCAUCUGUUUGAGCAAACUAGUUGGAUCUUUUGUAAUGGCCGUACUGACUUCAAAGGAAUUGACCCUGAAUGUGAUGAAAUGACUUGGAUCAAGACAAAAAUGACUGUCCUGCGGGAAUCUGUGUCUUUGAUCUGUAAGCAAAUCUUGCCAAAAGGGACAUUCCAGGUUGUUUUUCUUCUCACAUCACCAGUUGAGAAACCACUCUUGCACACCUUUAAUGAGUUUUUCACAGACAUGGAAGGCCAUGAAGACAUCAUCUGCAUCUGUGAAUCACAGAAAAACUUCCAAAAGUGGCAAAGCUUUGCAGAGGGGUCAUGUGGAACAGAAAGUGUGAACAAUUCCAGCGUUGUUGGGAUGAAAAUGAGUCACAUUAAUGCAACUCUACAGCAAGUACAAUCUGUAAAAGCAUGCGCCAGAAAACACUUGCCAGUCUUUGUGAGGGGGACUUGUCUUCUUGAAACACACGAAGAGGAAAAUAUGUCUUCUCUGGAAAUUCUGACGGUCGAUCAUUGUGAUGAAACAACCAAAGACUUCAUUGAUGAGGAGAAAGCAAACAUUGACCAGCAGUUCUACCAUGGUGGUAGAAUAAACUGGUUGAAUUUCUGGCUUGCUGAGCACAAGUAUGUUGGAGAGGUAAUUGAAAGAGAUGCUUAUCAGGAAGUUUCCAAUUGUGUUGACGCUUUGAAGUGGAAUGCAGAUCAGCCUCCUGUAAACAGCAUAAACAUCUUCCAUCAUCCAGGAAGUGGUGGAAGCACUGUUGCAAGACAAGUGCUGUGGAACAACAGGAAAGGUCUACGGUGUGCAGUUGUGAAGCCUUCAUACUCAGCUGCUGUUGUUGCUCAACAUGCAGUUGAACUGAGAGAAUAUGAAGAAAAAGAUCAACAGACGUGUCUUCCUGUGGUGCUCCUCAUUGAAGACUUGGACAAAGAAUACCUAGAUGAUCUCAGGAACGAACUGGAGGUUGCCACUAACACCAAAAGAAUCCUGCAUGGAACUCUGUGUUUCAUUUUGUUGAGCUGCAGACGAUCCCAUAAUCCAGAGAAAAGAUGCAAGGAGUCUCCGUUACAGAAUGUGUCUGUCACUCACAAACUGUCUGAUCAAGAGAAGAGAAAGUUUGCUGGAAAACGAAAAGAGCUUACACAGUUAGGAUAUGAAGCGGAUUUCAUCCUGACAUUUGUUUUGAUGAGUGAAGGAUUCGAUAAGAAAUAUGUUCAACAGUUUGUGGAACAUUUGCUCCAAGGCAUUGACCACCAAUCUAUUGUCACUAGCCUCAUUCUCUAUGUAGCACUGCUGAACACUUAUGUUCAAAACUCUUUCAUCUCUCAGUCUCAUUGUCAAGCUUUGCUUGCCUUAACCAUUCACUUGGAAAGGUUUCGCCAACAUGAGUUUGAGAGAUCACUCGGUGACCAGGCUAAACUAAUCUUCUUGCACCUUAGGGAUGACGAGACGCACAUUGAAUCAAUCAGAAUCAUCCACCCACUCAUUGCAGAGGAAAUUCUUCGACAACUUUUGGGGAACCAACAGACCCAAAGCAGUUUGGCAAUGAAAUUGCUGAGCAACGACGUGCUUUUUGAGCACAGAUUUGGAAGGGAGGAAUAUCUGUCAUUUCUGAGAGCACUUUUCAUAAGGCGAUCCAGAAUAAGCAAAGGGGACACAUAUGAUAGUUUUUUCUCUCCUCUGAUUGAGCAUGUGUGUGGAAAGGAAAAAAGCCCAGAUAAAGCAAUUGAGUUACUCAAGGAAGCGUUCCAGCGUUUCAAUAAAAAUCCAUUCUUUGCACAACAACUUGCUCGUCUUCAUUACACUUAUGAAAAGUUUGAAGAGGCAAAAUUCUGGGCAGAGACAGCAGCAAAACAGCUGCCCAACAACUCGUACAUACUGGACACAAAGGGACAGGUGUACAGGAAAUGGUUCCAAGCUAAGUGCAAAGCCAUUGAGAACGACAAUGUACCAAAGACAGCGCAGAAUAUAGCAGAUGCUGUGGAGACUGCACUGAAAGCCCAGGAAUGUUUUCAAGAAUGUGAGAAAGCAGCUGACGCAGAUAUGGAAAACAGUAACAGCUCAGGGUUUUUCUCUGAAGUUGAGGUUGGAUGCAGCCUGCUCAAACUGAUCUCUUCAUCGCAAGUGUUUGCAAACGGAGCCAAUGGCCAUUCAGAGUGUAUGAAGUACCUGUUAACGGACUACAUUCCUGAGGAAGUUGAAGACGCCUGGGAACCAUUUCAUGGCCGUUUGAAAAAACUCAACAAGACAAUGCAAGAUGCCCUCGAAUGGAUUUCAGUAGACCUCAGUUACUUCCAGACAGACAUUGGUUCAGAUGGAGAAGAGACCCCUGAAAGUCCUGAGGAGAAGAUAAGCCAUCCACUGAAAUGGUUGGCAAAAAAAUCUUCAGUGUAUGGGAAAUAUUUCAGUGAAACUUAUUCUACUGCGCUUCAAGGGGAAUCGAUCCCAGCCAAUCUGACUCCUUUCCAAAAACGCAUGAUCAUCUAUCAUCUUGGUGGGGGCAACAUAACAUCCAUCCUCUCCAAGCUAACAGACCAGAAGGAUGCAGUGCGUCGUCUCGAGACCAUCCUUUCUCUCUACCCCAGAAAUCCAAAAACGGCCAAAUUUGGUCAAAGGGAUAUUGUCAAUUACAUAAUGGUCCACCUUACUCUGAACUGUCUGUCACCGCAGAUUCAAAAAGUCGCUCCUCUGAAAGAUCUGCAGGCACUUUGUCAUCAGUUCCCAACUGAUAAAACGAAAUGUUUUCCAAGUGCCCUGUUUUUGCUUACCUUGCUAUUCUGGCCAGAGGAUCAUGACACAGAUGAUGAGAAAAAAAACAAAUAUGAAAUUGUGCACUCAGCUGUUGAACAACUGGAAAAAGACUAUUGGACCAAGAGGAAGGACAUCCCUCAGAGGAAAAGAAGGAUUUACACCCAUUUCUUUCUGGGCAGUGGGAACGGACUGGAUAAAUUUGUCCACAAGAGAAAGGUUGAGGAAGUCACAAAGGGGUUCUCAGUCUCUGAGAAACGCAUGAAGUGGUAUCGGGGUGAGGCAUGGAAAAAGCCUGAGAUCGCCGCGAUGCUGAAAUGUGUUUCUGGAUGGACUGAAGAUGGAGUGGUGUACCUUGAAGGCCCUCGGAAAAAGAAGUUCAGUAUCCAGCCUCUUCAUGUACCAUCAGUGCCUCAUAGUAAUGAAAACAUCACGUUCUACCUGGGGUUCACAUUCAGAGGGCCCUUUGCCUGCAACAUCAUUGUGAAACAAUAGUUUGUUUUUGAACAAUGAUCCUGUCACAUGUGGCUGUACGUCAUCUUCCUGAAGCAUGGGCUUAAUACCCACCUCGUUACCAAGAACAGAUUAAAAAAGAAGGAUCUUGACAAAACACAAAGCUUCUAUCUGCAGUAUAUUGAAGCACGUGUUAUGGCACAAAUUGCUAUUUUUUUUGUAAGAUAGUUUGAUUACUAUUUUUUACAUUUUUCUCCUUUCAUACUUGUAUAUAGAUACACAUGUGUCCUGAACAAAAGAGCUAGAGGUUUAUAAGUGUAUGUAUAUAAAAAUGGACAAAUCUUGUAAACUGAAAUUCCUACUCAACAGCUCAAUGCUUCUCAAACAGGAACUUAAAGUCCCUGUUUAGACCUGAAUCUAGUAUCCUGUUAUUUUGAUAUUGUUUGUAGAUCCACUUCAGAAGGACUGCAGUUCACAUCUGUCAUCAAAAUGCAUUUGGAAUGCAUCGCAAGUGAGGAUUUGUGCCUGGAUUUUGCUAACUGGUUCACGUUUUGUGUUAUCCUUUGUAAACUGAACUAGACUGCUGUUAGACAGAAAAGAAACCGAGUAGAUGAAUUGAUUGUGGUUCAUAAUGUUAUACUAACUCUUCUAUAUCUUCCAGGAUGCAAUAUAGAAAGCAAUGGAAUCAAAUGCAACUUCAUUGGAAUUGUAUCAGUGUUUUAACAACAUAUGUUUUAAGACCUAAGCAGCAACAUUAUGUACAUUUGGAGAAGAACGUGUGUCUCAUAUAUUGAUAUGCAAAAGAAAAACAAGCGUAAUAAAGUGUGAAAUUAUGGAAAAAUUAAACUACAAGUUACGCCAGUACCUUUGGCGAUACCUUUCUAUUUUAUAUACUUAUAUUGUUUUUGAUAGUAACAUGAAGAAAUACUUGACUCUGUAAACAUUACUGUUCUGAAAUAUUUUAAACAUGUCUUGGAAGAAAAUAAACAUUUUUUCUUCAA